CGAUCACUAUCCAAAGGUAAAGGGUCCGGAGUCCCCGAGAUGCAAGGAACUGCUCGAGAUCGCCACCUAUCUCUUCAUUCAGGCCAAAACUUCAGAUAUACUUCACACGAAUACAACAAUGCAUUCCGCCAUGUUGAUCCGAGAGCUUCAAACAGACUUGUCUCCGUUCGGUGAACACCAACUCGAGACUGCCCGGACCCAAUGGAUCCACGAGCUUACUCUCCGGAUGGAUUUUCUCAACGAUGCCCUGGCCAAUACAGCCUGCGAUAUGGACUAUGGUGGACCUAUCAAUUCAGCAAAGGAUAUUGAACCGCUAGAAGAGGCCGUGGAUGAAGCUAGGCGAAUGGUCUGUGCGCUGGGCGGAGAGAUGCGGAGGCGGAGUGAAGGUGAACUUCUUGUCUGGAUGAUGGAGCCGUUGCCAGAGGGAGUCAUCGGCAGACGAGGUUCUACGGCGUAGUCCGGACGAUGGUUUCACUUUCAAGGACAUUUAAGGCGUA